AUGGGGCAAAACGUCCAGAAAUCGCAGCAAAAGCACGAGAAACUUUUAAURCUCGUUAGAAAAGAGGAACUUUUAACGCGCAUUGCCAGAGAGCAAGGCUUUAAACUUCAGCCCAGGCAAGUCUGGCAGUUGCUGUUCUGGAUACGGGACARCUGUCCCUGGUAUCUUUCCGAUGACUCGUGCGAACUUUCCGAAUGGCAGAAGGUGGGAGAAUUCCUGCAGAGGCAGCAAGCGGCAGGGCACAACGUGGACCCCGARGAUGUCAGCACGUGGAGGGUUAUCUAUACUGCUCUCCACACUUCCCUGCUGGCCGCUCGGGCUGUGUCUCCUACAGUCGACCAGUUACCGGCUGAAACGGGCACAGAGCAGAUGGUGCAGGAGGCCGGAGGGAAAGGCUCUGCAACUCCCCCUCCGUGUGCACCGUUUGUGGCUGGGGCGGAUGCUAAUGGGGACACUCCGAAGGCUGCAGCCAAUUCCGUUCUUGAAGAUGGCCAAUGCAAGGCACUUAAGGAAGGGGAUGCAGAGGUUUCUCAGACAAUGCAAAUCGUGAAGCCAGCCGCCGCUGCGGAGCUGCUGCUGAUGGAGCUGGCAGUGGAGCACGCCAACGCCGACUGUUGCUAUGUGCUGGAUCCCAUCCGCAGCACGGCGAGCAGCGUGAGCGAUCUCAUCAGGGCGUGUGCAGAYGUGGGCACUGAGCAGUUCAAGGCCGAGCUGCUGGCCACCGCCAUUGCUCAGCAGCUCCUACAGAAGCAAAAUGUUUUUUUUGCAAGCAGAGGAGUUCACUUGUUAAUCUCCAGGAUAACCCUGAUGGAUGUGCCAAUGUCUUUCAGUCAGCUUGUGUGCAUCACCUUUUUGUCUACAGCUGUUUGCAGCCAGCCUGAAAGAAUUUUGGAAGGGUCUCCUUACAAACUCUGGAUGGAAUCCUCCAAUUUCCAGCACAUUUUGUCCUGGCAGGCAAAACAUGACCCAGCKGUGCCAACAUCCUACAAUGUGCUGUACAGAGACCGCAGGCACUGGAACUGGAUGACUCCUAAGCAGUGUUCAGGUAUUGCCCAGCUCACCUGUGAGCUGACAGAGGAGUUCAAGCCUAAAUCCACUGGGUAUUAUAUACUUGUUCAAAGCAUUGGAGGAACUCAGGUGCUCAACUCUUCYGUGCUGUUUUUUGUGCCAUUCUAUCAGACYGUUCUGGGACCACCAGAAGUGAAUAUCACUUCCUGUCCAAACUGCAUCAAUGUCACUGUAAAGCUGCCACCCUCUCACUUCAGAGAGAGGGGAAAGCUGCUGUCUUUAAUUGAUAUCUAUGAAGAGCUGGAUUAUAAUAUCACACUGAAAUCACUGGAUGGAGAGUAUAAGAAGCCACGGCAGAAAACCACUGAAGAAGUGUUCAGUACUGUCAUUGAAGAAUUGUAUCCCAGUAGGAAUUACUGUGUGUCUGUGGAGGUCUCAGCAUCCCUGAACAGACAUUCCAUCCCCUCCCCCUGGAAAUGUGCCACUGCAGACUCUGAGGCUCCACAAGGCUAUCAUAAAGUUGCAGUGGCAAGUGCUGUCUGUGUUUCACUGAUCAUUGGUGCAGUCCUCAAAUGUGUGCAUACAGCAGGGUUUUUUCUCCAGAAGAAAUCCCUUCCUCAGAGCUUGGCAUUCAUCAGGAGKUUGUCCUACCCACUUUGGGAGUUUGAAUCAGAAAAAGCGGCCUCUGUGGAGAUCAUCCCCAGAGAGGUUAAAAGCAAGGCCAGGGGAUGCAGAGGCAGUGCCAGCGAUGACAGUGACAGCGACAGCAGUGACAGUGACAGCAGCAUGCUGUGUGACCAUGACUACAUGAGGCGUGUGGCGCUGGCCAGGGGCAGGGUCCCCCAGGGCUGUGCCACCCCCAGUGCCCUGGUGGAGUACUCAGUGAACAGCUCCUGUGAGCACAGCAGCAGCCAGGCCGGUGACAUCSCAGCUGUUGAGCCACAGGAGUGUGAGGAGCAGGAGCUGGGCCCCGAAGGAGACACAGACUCGAGGAGUGAGUUACUGAGCCCUUGCUCUGAGGGCAGCUGUAGCGCCCAAGGGAGCAGUGAGUGCUUCACCAUCAACUUACACACAGUGCUGCUGGGAACCCUGGAGGAGCACGGGCACAGCUCUGCAUCUGCUCCCUCUGCCCAGGAGGAUGCAGAUGACUGGCACUGUGCUCAUGGCUUGGAAGAAAAGCUGCUGGAGGGCACGGGAAGUGUGCAGGAAGCACCCUGUUCUGAGGAUUUCCACACGUGGCAAAACUCUUCUUCCGAGGAGAGUGACUCCUUGGACUCAGACACCGAGCAAGUAACAGGGUACAUGAGGAGAUGAAGGAAGAACUGCUGGUACUUUAUAACAUAGGAGCCAGUAUUGUCCAACUUUUAUUUCUGGACUAAAUGCACCGAUCUUGUCCUUUCAUUAAUAUCCUGUGAGUGUGGACUUCUACAGAGAGAACUGGUGGUGUUCACCUGAGAAGGAUCCAGGGAGAUCUUAGAGCCCCUUCCAGUGCCCAAAGGGGCUUUGAGAGAGAGGCUUUGGACAAGGGAUAAAGGGGCAGGACACAGGGAAUGGCUUCAAACUGACAGAGGGCAGUUUGGGAUUAGAAAUUGUUCCCUGGGAGGGUAGGGAGGCCCUGGCACAGGGUGCCCAGAGAAGCUGUGGCUGCCCCUGGAUCCCUGCAGUGUCCAAGGUCAGGUUGGACAUUGGGGCUGGGAGCAGCCKGGGACAGUGGAAAGCUGGUCUCUCAACCAAACCACUUGUUCAAUGUUUUUAUUCUUUACCUCUGUCACURGAUUUCUGUGAAAGCUCUUCUGCUGGAUGGAUGCUCUGUUAGUGCAACAAAAGCUGAUCCAGUGGAGUAGUGGGGGCAGAGACAGGAAUACUCAGCUACCUAAAGAGUGGAACAAGGCAUUAAGUACACUUUAAAUUUUUUUUUAUAUCAUUUUGUACAAUUGCUGACUAGUAUUAAAACAUGACAUUUUUAUGACA